AUGGACGAACUUCUCAAUAUUCCAGCAGCAGUGAAUUUCGAUGAGUCAAUAGCUCAUUAUGAAAUUCAUGCUCAUCAACCAUACGCAUCUUCAUCUUUUAACAAUAGCGAUGAAAUUCGAAUCGCAGUACAACAUCAAGACUUGUGCAUUUUACCUAGUAAAAGUUCAUUACACAUUUUUGGUAUAUUAACUAAAAAUGUUGGAAUUACUCUUACACAAAACGUACAUUUAAGUAAUAAUGCUGUAUGUUUUUUGUUUGAUGAAAUUCGCUAUGAACUAAAUGGUAUUGAAAUUGAUUGUUGUAAAUACGUUGGACAUACUACAAUCAUGAAAAAUUACACCUCGCAAACAUCAAAUCAGCUAAAUUUUAUUGAAAAUGCUGGAUAUUCAAAAAUUGCAGCUGAUGCAAGACUUGUAUUGGAAAAUGGAUAUUUUGACGUCACAAUACCACUCAGCAUGAUUUUUGGUUUUGCUGAAGAUUAUAAAAAAAUCAUUAUGAACGCUAAACAUGAACUUAUUUUAACAAGAGCACGUUCUGACGUGAAUGCCGUAAUUCAAACAGGACAAGGAGGGGAUGAGGAAUUCAAAAUUUCCAUCAAUAAACUUGAAUGGAUGGUUCCAUACGUUUUACCUUCUGACAAUAACAAAUACUCUCUACUUUAUGAAAUGUACGCUAAUUUUCAAUCAUCCUAUUAUGGUAAAGAUUCAAAACCUAUUUUAACAAAGGAUAUUUUUAAAAGUCUAUUUCCUCUAAUUGUUAUUGAUUGUUCUAAAGAAAACGAGUUUUUAAAACAAGCAUCAGUUGAUGUGAGGUUAGAAUUUGAAGCAGGAAUCAACAUGCCAGCCGAGACCACCGCCUAUUGCCUAAUCAUCCAUGACCGCGUCAUACAAUAUAAGCCAAUCAGCGGCGUUGUAAAGAAACUAUUGUAA